AUGAUCCUAACUAACCUCCAGGCACUUGCGACACUCCUCGAUGAUCCCGAUUACAACUGGAAAACCAUUAUAAUCGGGUUUGCGACCGCCCAGUUUGCCUUUGAGAAUUACCUCACCGUCCGCCAGUUAGGUGUCUUGACGAAGGACCAGCCGCCGCAGACGCUCCGUGCUGAUAUUUCCCAAGAAACCUUUGAAAAGUCCCAGGCAUACUCACGCGCAAAGGCCAAGUUUUCCAUCUUUAAUAGCGUCUAUAGCUACAUUCAGAACUACCUCUUCAUCACCUAUAACGCCAUGCCGGUGAUGUGGUUCUUUUCGGGCGAGCUUUUGCGCGCGCUUUCGCCCGUACUUCCCGCCUCCUUCUCUGGGGAAAUCUCCCAGUCGGUGGUGUUCUUUACAGUCUUCUCUAUCUUUGGCUCCGUCGUCUCCUUGCCGCUCUCGUACUUCCAGAACUUUGUGUUGGAGGAAAAAUACGGCUUCAACAAGCUUACCGUCGGCUUGUGGCUCUCGGACGCUGUGAAGGGCUUGGCAUUGUCGUUUGUGCUUGGCUCGCCGUUAUUAGCGGGUUUCUUGAAGAUCAUCCAGUACUUUGGCGACCGCUUCAUCUUCUACGUGUGGGUGUUCAUCUUUGUGGUGCAGGUUGUGAUGAUUGCCAUCUACCCGACAGUCAUUCAGCCAAUGUUCAACAAGUUGACACCAUUGGCCCCAGGUGCGCUCAAGGACUCCAUCGAAAAGUUGGCUCUAAAGAACAAGUUCCCGUUGUCGAAGUUGUACGUCAUUGACGGCUCUAAGCGCUCGUCGCACUCCAACGCCUACUUCUAUGGCAUGCCGUGGUCUAAACAGAUCGUCAUCUUCGACACCUUGAUCGAAACCUCCACCGUGAGCGAAACCACUGCCGUCUUGGCGCACGAGAUUGGACACUGGGCCUUGUCGCACACCACCCAGAUGUUGGUCAUUGCCCAAUUGCACUUGUUGUUCAUGUUGACCUUGUUCUCUAUCUUCAUCCAUAACCAGUCGUUGUACGUUUCUUUUGGUUUCUUGAGUCAGACCCCAAUCUUGAUCGGCUUCUUGUUGUUCAACGACAUCUUGCAGCCGUUGGACUGCGUGAUUUCGUUCUUGAUGAAUGUCUUGUCACGUAAAAACGAGUACGAGGCGGACGCUUACGCCGUGAAAUUGGACUACGCCACCGACUUGGCUAGAGCCUUGAUCAAAUUGCAGAUCGAAAACUUGAGCAGCAUGGAGGCGGACUGGUUGUACUCCGCGUAUCACUACUCCCAUCCGUUGUUGAGCGAGAGAUUGAAGGCGAUUGGGUAUGUAGCCAAGGAGAAGGUGAAGAAGGAGGAGUAG